AUGGAGACCACCAACGGGACUGAGACUUGGUACAAAAGCCUGCACGCUGUGCUGAAGGCUCUAAAUGCCACUAUUCACAGCAACCUGCUCUGCCGGCCAGGGCCAGACAACCUGACAGAGAAGCGGCGGGCCAGCCUACCUGGCCGUGAUGACAACUCCUACAUGUACAUUCUCUUUGUCAUGUUUCUAUUUGCUGUCACUGUGGGCAGCCUCAUCCUGGGAUAUACCCGCUCCCGCAAAGUGGACAAGCGCAGUGACCCUUAUCACGUGUACAUCAAGAACCGUGUGUCUAUGAUCUGA